AUGAGAAUACACAUCAUUUAUAUCGUGCUUGCAGCAUAUAUCGGCAGGAUAGUUUCUACUAUGGUGCUGUCUCCUGAAGAAAUAGAAGAUGUACAUAAUCUAUUAGACGAACAUAACUUGACUACAGAUGAAGUGAGAUUUAGGCUAGACUCUACUACUCCAAGAGCAGAAUCUCCUGAUGAUAUGGCACCAAUUAUAAGCUAUGCACGGCUAGAAGACAUGCUAAAUGUUGCAGAUAAAGGAUGCGAUAAAGUGUUUUCGGAAUACGCCAAAUAUUCAAAAAACCAAAAGAUGGAGCAUAUGUUCCAGCUGUACAGCAGUACAAGCAAGCUUAACAAGGCUAAAAUAGAGCAGCACUAUAAUGCAAAAUUUAGGGAGGUGGCGUAUGACAAUAGGCAGAACUACGCUAUAGUUGUUAGACUCUUGGAGAAUCCGGAUAAAAUAAUGAACAGUGACAUAUCUGAACUAGUAGACAAAUUAGAGAAUUUAGAGAAGAAAUCCUCUGGAAAAGAAUCUCUUGAAACAAGAGAUGUAAGGUUUAUUAUUGGUAGAUAUCUUGAACUUAUUGGAAUGCCUUCUAUACUUGUUGGUAAAAUGAUAGGCUAUUUAUACUCAUACAACUUCAAGAUAGCCACAGCAAGGGAUACAGAGAUUCUGCUAAACUUUAUUGAUAGAAAUAUAUUUGGAAACCUAAACUACAAUAGUUUUGGCAUGUUCAUGAAAACAUACAGUGAGUUAGUCAGAGCGACAAUUUCCCAUGUGAAUUUAUUUGCUUCCAAUGAGGAACAUUGCAUAAACCAAAUUGAAAAAACAGACCAGACUGACAAAUUAAUUAAGAGGUUUAAAAAAAUGGUAAACCGUCUUGACAUCCUCAAGAAAAAGCUGCUUGGCUUUAGAAAAACAAUGCUAGAGGCAUAUCAUAUUAUAGGAAAGUCAGGUGAUCAGGUAUUUUUCAAUGGAGGGGAGUUUGUACAGGUAGCCUUUGACACGACAAAUCAGAAACAAAUAGAGCAGGCGAUCAAUGUACUUAGAAAACAGCAUAGAUUUGAAAUGGAAAAGCUUCGAAGCAGCAUUCAUAAAUACAUAAAAGAGCAAGAUGACAUGAUAAAAAAAAUAUGCGAAACAUGCAAUAACGAUGUAUGUCCUAUGGAGAAAUACCCAGAUCAGGUACAGAGAGGCUACGAUAUUUUUAGGCAGGACUACUAUAUAUUGAUGAAUCAAAUAGUUAACUUAGAAGAGUGUACUGCGUCUGAGAAAAAAGCUGCAAAUAAAAAGAUAGAAGCCACUAUUAAGAAGAUCAAAACUAUCACAGAUAUGGACAUAGAAAUAGUGAAAUUUGGGCUGGCCCAGCAUAACGUAUUAAAAAGAUUUGCAGACGAGGAGAUUAUGAGAAACAAUGAUUUGGAAGACAAUACGAUAAAAUUCUAUCCUAUUGAUAAGAUAGUGGAAAUAUUGAAUAACAACUACGCCUACAUAAAGAAAAUGGAGUCAAUCAACAAAUAUAUAGAGAAAAACUAUAAUCCAGAAUGCAGAGAGCAGGAUUUAUUACAAUUACUCAAUAAAAGCUUGCACAGACCCUGCACUAUGGAAGUGCCAGUCUGCGGUCUAAUUAUUGAAUUAGUAAAGCAGAUUCGAAAUAAGCUAGAAGAUAAAAAAGAUAAGGUAGACCGUAUAUACAUAGAGUAUAUAGAGAGUGCAGUUACUCUCCUUGAAGAUAAAAUUUUGGAUGAACUUAAGCAGUAUAGUACUUUUUCACAUAACAAGUACGAUCUUCUUAGAAAAGUUAUAAUUGAGAUUCUGCCAGAGUACAAAAAGAUUCUGAUCAUUCUAGAUCUAGAAAACAUAAAAAUAAGAAAUAACAUGCUGAUCACAUGGAUCUUCUACAUAAAAAAGCUAGAUAGUGUGAUCAUACCAACAGUUUAUGGUAGAAUUAUGAGAUAUGUAGCCUUUUAG